CCUGAUUCCCUUGCUAAAACUCGAUUUCAAUAACACGUCUCACGCCUCACGCCUCACGUUUCAUUUUCGCUUCUUCGUCCUUCGGUCAUCGAUUUUCUGUCAUUCAGUCCCUAUCGACCUGGUCCCAAUUCGCCACAAUGUCUCUAGGCAGGAAAGCGACCCUUAACACCUGCUAUCAGAUUCCUCUGCUGGGCUAUGGAACCUGGCAGGCCGGUCCCGGUGAAGUCGGCGCUGGUGUUUUCGAGGCGCUCAAAGCUGGCUAUCGCCAUCUUGACCUUGCCCAUAUCUAUCGAAAUCAAAGAGAGGUGGGUGAAGGCUUGAAGAAAGCCCUCAAGGAAAUACCAGGGUUAAGACGGGAAGACAUCUUUAUCACCUCUAAGCUGUGGAACAACUACCACAAGCCGGAGCACGUUGCGAUGUCCCUUGACAUUUGCUUAAAGGAGCUUGGGCUUCAAUAUCUUGACCUAUUCCUCAUCCACUGGCCCGUUGCAUUCGAGUAUCGAUCCGACACAGAGCUCUUCCCUCUUGAUAUGACAAGCACCAACCCAAAGAAGGACGUUCAAAUUGCUGAUUCGGUGUCGCUCGUUGAUACUUGGAGAGCCAUGAUCAGCCUUCCCCAGAGCAAAGUCAAAAGUGUAGGGGUGUCCAACCACACAAUUGAACAUAUCGAAGCCCUUAUCAAAGCAACCGGGGUUGUUCCUGCCGUCAACCAGGUUGAACGCCACCCUCUCCUUCAGAGCAAUGACCUAGUGAAAUAUUGCAAGGAGAAGGGUAUCCACAUCACUGCAUACUCGGCAUUUGGAAAUAACAUGAUUGGAGAACCACUUCUUAUUACUCGCCCAGAGAUUAAAGCGAUCGCGGACCGACUCUCCGCCACACCCGCCCAAGUUCUGCUUGCAUGGUCUCAAGUUGGUGGCCACAGCGUCAUCCCAAAGUCGGUCACACCUGCUCGAAUCGUCGAGAACUUCAAGGAGAUCAACCUGCCUCCUGAGGACAUUGCGACCAUCAACGGCCUGGGUAAGGUGCCGAAGCGUUACAAUACGCCUUACGCAUACUACUCACCUCGAUGGGAUAUCAAUAUCUUCGGUGAUGAAUUGGAAAAGGGAGCGACGCAUAAGGUCAUUCUGUGAACCAAAACCUCCCCUCGACGGAGGACGUGGGAAUUAUAAAUUAACUAGAUUUCGCUGGCCCCCACAUGGAGUUUCUAGAUCGCGGAUAAAGAAGGGGACAUCAAUAACGAUGCCGCCUUAAUUGUGUUACUUAACAUAUUUUAAAUAAACCCAAUUUUUCAUCACUUUCUAGAUCAUCUUGUACCAUAUUAUAUUCGUCUCGUUUGUCAUACUGUAUUAGUGCAGUGGUGCAAAGUGAUCCCAAAGGUCAAUUGGCGAUGAUGUCAUCGAUGUGAGUUCACAGUAUCCAGCAAAUUAACAAUAAAGCAAUUUUCACUGGUUAGUUGGCUAGCAAGGCAGGGGAUAACCAUGCUAUCCCCGAACAAAUGUAUCCCGAUAUACCGAC